AUGAGCCUGACACUGUUUGUCUCAUUCUUGGUUGCCCAAGCUGCACUGAGGACAUUGCAGAAGGUUUUUAACAUCACAAGCGAGGAUUAUAUUCACUUGCUGAGCUUGGCCUACACCUUGCUUGCAGAGAGGAGAGAUGCAGACUCUGUGUUCAUCGAAUGGCUCAAUGCCACCAAGAAUGAGAAGGUCUUUGCGCUGGAGCUUUCGAGUCGCCAGCAGCAAGUGCUUGUUGGCACAACUGUGGAAGGAGCCAUUCAGGAGAUGGCCGAGAGAAGGGACUUGAUUUGGCAGACAGCUCCCAAUUUGACCUUCUUCAAGAGGAGACCGGUCUCAAUGGAGGAAGCAUCCUGGGCAUUAGCCGUGAUCAUGCGCCAUGGCCGGGUGGUCCAUCCAUACCAAGACCAGCGAGAAGUGCGCGACCCACGCAUGUACAUUUUUCCGUUGCCCGAGCUCUUGGAUGUGGCGUUGCAUCCGAAUCCUGGCGUGUCCAUCGGGUUCCAAGAGGAGAUCGUGAUCAAUGGGAAACGCGAAGAAGAUCUGGUUCUUCAAAUCGCGCGCAGAGACAUGCCCAAAGGGGAAGAGAUUUUUCUGUGGCCUGGGAGGCUCUCAAACAGUGAGAUGAUUGCGCGACAUGGCUUCAGCUUUCGAGAGAACCCGGUGGGCAUCGGUCGCAAUGUCUCCCAACCACCAAGUUGGAGUGACAAGAAGGACAGCAAAGGUCGCAAAGAAUACGAUCUGUACAACUGUUCUUCUUUGGAAGACUUUGAGCUGCGCUUUAAUGAGCGAGGCUUCCCAAUGCGGUCCUUUGUUCGUUGCUAUCGCAUCUCAUGGUUUAUCAACAACGGCUGGUAUUCGCCGGCCCUGAAGAACCGGAUGCGGGAGCUGAACAAAUGGCCACCGCCAGAGAAAUAUACGAAAUCUGAUUGGCUGUCCUGGACCCAGGCAGACGCAGAAGUGAAUCGUGUGAUUCUGGAGUAUUGUCAGUACAUGCGACAGCGAUUGAAGGAAACCAUGGACGCCAACACGGCUGAAGACUUCCGUCAUUCCAAAGACCCAACGGACCGCGUGCUUUGGCACAUGAGGUCUGAAGAAUCACGGACCUUCAAGAAUUGCAUUGUUCAGGCCAAGAAGAUUAAGACAUAA